AUGAGCUAUGCUAUCAGAAGCGGUAUAGCGAUCACCAGCCACUAUGCGCUCAAGCAAUGCGGCCGACUGAUGAAGACGGUCGAAGGCCGUGAAAAGCAAGAGCUCGCCAAUUUGCAAAUAAGACUAGACUCCAAAAUCAAAAUCAUCUCACCUGCGAUCGACAUGAUAGAGCUGAUUGCGGCACGCGGAAACACGUCACUCGAGUCUGCUGUAGGACUCACAAAGUCUCUUCGAUGGGACAUCCAGACAUUAGGUAGCCGUGUGGAAAAGGCUGUGGCCGAAGAGCAGCUUUCAAGAAGAGGCAGCUCCAAAGCAAAAUCGCGGGAUCAGAAUGACGCUGAGCUCAAGAUCAUCAUUGAAGAGAUGAAAAGGUUGCUGGAGCGUAUCGAAGAUGCUGUGCCACUCAUAAAUCUGGCUAUCACCACAUCUGGUACUAGUCUCUCCACCACCCUCCCGGCUACUGUAUCGCCAUCACGGCUUCUACAGGCCAGCACCUUUCUCACUUCUGGCGACAUGCAGUAUUGCGCGUCAAAGCCCAGAGCCCAGCAGAUUGGACCGACCUUCACCCUCUCCUUGUACAUGUUGUUCGCCGGAUAUGCUCAUCGAGCCCAUGAGGAAGACGUUCGAGAAACAACAUGGAAGGAGGUCAUGCACAAAGCACGUGUUACACUGAUGAGGAUUCCUCUCGAUAAUGUCUACGACUACCCCACGCCUUUCGGACAAGACAGCAGACGAGCCGAUGAGGCUAACCACCGCCACAUUCCCUCUGAUAGCAUGUUGCAGGAGUUUGCCUAUCAGCUGCUUAUCGUUGAAGACUUAGAUGAUGGUCGUAUGCACGAGUUCGAGGAUGGCGAACCCCAACCAGGGCCAUACGACGGUGUGGAGCAAGCCGGUGUCCGUGAGAUCAUACCCAUUCAUGAAGUCUCAAAGAUCUUUUACGCCGAUACGGGAAAGAUAUUGAACAUCGGUUCUGACAACGAGAGUAACAACCCGAUUUUGUUAUUGAAGCGAGACGUCAAUGCAGCACCGCCACGCCGUAUGAUGGAACGUGAUACAGAUGGACCUGGUUACGAGUCGGAUGACUCACAUACUAUUGGCGACGACGAAGAAGAUGCUGAACAAGCAGAACUGGAAGAACAACUCCGGCGUGAAUCUACACCACAUCUUGAAGAACAACCCUCACCAGAGCCUGAGCAACCAACGUUUCCCUGGCGACUACCUCCCACGCUGGACCUAGAAUGGAUGGCAUUCGAAGUAUACACUGAAGACCCGACCUCUGAUUCCGAAAUCGAUGAAACAGAAGAGUCGACUGAAGAAGCCUCUUCGCUGUCCCCAGCAGCCACACCUACACCGCCCGACUUCCUUGGCCGUUUCUCCGCCCUCAACCUUCGCCCUAGUACGCCCACCUCUCCCAAACCAACACCCCACAACCAAAUCAUUCCCUCUCCCCAGAAAGCUUCGGCACCAACACCACAGUACCAACGACAACCUCCAACGUCCCUUCCCACGGUGAAAACUUCAUUGUCCCUACUCGAAAUGCUUAUCCGCCUCACUGCUCUCCAACAAUUCCAGCAAUCCUCCCACCUGGCCAUUCCAGACGAAUUCCUUAACUUUUUCCUCUCGGAUAGCAGUACAGUAGGGGCAGGUGGUGAUGCUGAGUUAAGGCGAAGAGUCAGGAGGGAAGCAAGGAUGAGAGUUGGAUUUGAUCCGUAUGAUGAGAGUCCGAUCAAGAGGAGAGGAGAGGAAUAUCUGGAGCAUGAAUUGCAUGAGCAUGAACAUGUGCAAGAUGGGAGAGACGAAGAGAGGUGGUACACCUGGCUCACCACGGACACCGACCAUCCCAACAUCCAGUCGCUCAAAAUCCUCAGUUGA